GCGGUGGAUGAAUUCCAAGCAGCAGCAGCAGGCUGGACCCGAGCCACCGGGGAGCCCCGGGGGGGCGGCGGAGCCUCGGGCCACAGCAAGGGACGGCAGAGAUCCGAGCCGGCGCCGAUGGUCCCCUCUCGCAGCCCCCAGCGGGUCAACAGGCUCCCGCCGCCUUUGCCGCCGCCGCUGCUGCUGCUAUUGCUCCUGGCCACGGCCGUGCGGGACUCCUGGCAGGCCGGGGAGAAGACGUGCGACCUGCUGGGAGAGGGGGACCGAGAGUCGGAGAAGGAGCGGGCCCUGCUGGAGAAGCUGGCGCCGCUCUACGACCUCAGCUUUGAGAGCAGCGUGGGUCAGGAUUCAGAAGCCUACACCUACAAGUUCAGGGUAUGCCGGGAAGCCGGCAACGGCACGUCGGGAGCCGGCCUGGUGCAGGUCGACAAGAAGCAGAAGGAGACCGUGGUGGGCAGGAUCAAUGAGACACACAUCUUCAAUGGAAGUGACUGGAUCAUACUGUCCUAUAAGGGGGGAGAUAUGUACGACAGACACUGUGGCAGAGAGAAGCGAAGAGCCAUCGUCAUGAUUUCCUGCAACCGGAAUAUGCUGGGGGGCAACUUUGUCCCCGUGUCCGAAGAGCGGGGAAAAGUCAACGAAUGUUUCUACCUCUUCGAGAUGGACAGCAGCCUGGCCUGCCCUCCUGAGGACACCCACCUCAGCGUCGGUUCCGUCCUGCUCAUCACGUUGGCUUCUCUGGUCGCCGUCUACAUCAUCGGCGGUUUUUUGUACCAGCGGCUUGUGGUCGGGGCUAAAGGCCUGGAGCAGUUCCCUCACUUUGCUUUCUGGCAGGAUCUGGGAAACUUGGUGGCGGACGGCUGCGACUUCGUGUGCCGGUCCAAACCCCGCUCGGGCCCGGCCACCUACCGGGGCGUGGGCGACGAGCAGCUGGGCGAGGAACCGGAGGAACGCGACGACCACCUGCUGCCCAUGUGAGCCGCGCCCCCGGCCUCCCUCCGCCCCGGCCCCCGCCCCACGGCCGGCGCCUCCGCUCCGUGACACGCUGCUCUCUGCCCCACCUUGGACGAGGCUGGAGCCGGAGGAGGGGGCCGGGGCCACGUUCCGGCCCCCUCCCUUCUGCCCUCCCUCCCCGGUUCCGCAGCCGGCGCGUCCCGCCCUCUGCUCCGCUCCGCUCCCCGCCGUGCUGCCCCGCGCAUUCCCGGACCAGGCCAGGGCCCGCCUGGAGGGGACGGGCCGUAGGUACUGUCCUUGGCCUUUUUACUACUCUCCGUUCCUGCUGCCGCCGCCGCCGCCAACCACUGCCUCCACACACUGGAUUUCCGCCCGGAGCCGAGCGUGGGGGGCUCCCGGCCCUCACCCCCUGCACAGGAGGGAGCCCCGGCGGGGGCCGGACCAGGGUCAGGGCUUGACUCCCGGGGCUUCCCGGCCUCCCUCAGGACCCGCUCUCCACUCGCUCUUCUUUCCGGUCCCUCUGCUCGGCCCCGGGCAGCCAGGCCCUCCUGGGCGGGAGCCAAACGAGAAGGGCCUCCAGCCCUCUCGCUUCAGUCCCCCCCCCCCCCCCGGAUGAGAGGGGCACAAGAUCAGCAGCUGUCUCUCCACCCCCUGGUGUUUUACAAGGGUGAAGUCUGCACCACGUUUUGUACAAAGACAUUAAAAAACCAAGAACACC